AUGAGAGCAACUCAGUUGGUGUACUUGGAGAUUCUGGAAAAGGUUCAGAAGUUAGAUAUUAUAACUGCCACCAUGGGACAUGCAUUGGCUGCUGAAGGAGGAUUCUGCACCGGAAGUUCUAGAGUAAUAGAUCACCAACGAUUGAGUAGUUCUGGCUAUGUCUUUUCUGCUUCUCUGCCUCCAUAUCUUGCUAAUGCUGCAAUUACAGCUAUUGAUAUCUUGGAGAAAAAUCCCAAUCUGAUUACAAAACUGAAGAAUAACAUUGCUCUAUUGUGGAAAAGAUUGUCAAAAAUACCAGGCUUCACAAUUGCAAGUAAUCCGGAGUCGCCAAUUGUUUAUCUGAGAUUAGAGAAGUCAACAGGUUCCAUGCAAGAUGACCUACAUCUGCUUGAAGAUAUUGCUACGCGUGUUUUGAGAGAAGAUUCAGUAUUUGUUGUGACCUCCAAGAGAUCCUCGUUGGACAAAUGCCGUUUGCCUGUUGGAAUUAAAUUGUUUGUUUCAGCAGCGCAGCGCAUUCAGAGGUAG